AUGUAUUGUGGGAAAACUAUUAAAGGUGAAAGGAUUAAUAGAAUGAAACAACAUCUUGCAAAGAAGUCAGGCGAGGUUGGGCCAUGUGAAAAAGUUCUCCCAGAUAUUUGGUAUCAAAUUCACAAGUCUUUGAAAGCAUUUGAUGAAAAGAAGAAGCAAAGUGAAGAAAAUUAUGAUCAAUUAAAUCCUUAUGGUCUAGGUGGUUUUCAAUUUGAAGGUGAUGAUGUUUACGUUAAUGUUGAUGAUGAGGAUGAUGAGGAUGAUGAGGUUGUGGAAACAAUUCCUGAAGGAGCUGGAAGUGGGAAUAAGAGUAAAGCACCAAUGACACAAAAAGGAUAUGAGGUCUCUACUUACCAUCAACUUCAAGUUCCUUUAUUGAGAGACUCAAAAAAAGAGCUUCAAUUGUAUAUUGACAUUUUGAAGAGUUUGUGGGCUGUGUGUGGAUGUACUAUUAUGGGCGAUGAUUGGACUGAUGGUAGACAAAGAAAUCUAAUAAAUUUUCUUGUUUAUAGCUCUAUGAGAAUUGCUUUUGUGCAACCUAUUGAUGCCUUUGAUGCUGUCAAAGAUGCUACUCCUCUUUCUAAAUUGUUUCUAGAGGUUAUUGAGUGGGUGGGAGUGUCAAAUGUUGUUCAUAUGGUGAUAGAUAAUGGAGCAAAUUGUAAAGUUGCUAGAGGACUUGUAAAUGCAACUUACAAAUCUAUAAAUUGGUCUUCAUGUGUAGCUCAUUGCUUGAACCUAAUCUUAAGUGAAAUUUCCAAGAUGAAUCAUGUAGAUGAGCUUACAACUAAGGCAUCAACGGUGACAAGGCACAUGUACAACCGUUCAUGGUUGUUAGCUCGGUUGAGAAAGAAGAAGAGUUGGACUGAAAUUGUGCGCCCAGGAACAACGCGCUUUGCCAUUACUUUCCUUGCAUUGCAUAGUAUUCAUGAACAUAUGCAUGAUUUACAAGCUUUGGAUUGCUUCAUCACUAUUAAGAUUGUUGAGCCACUUAUGUGUCUCUUGCGUAUUGAUGAUGGAGAUAAGAAGCUGUCCAUGGGAUAUGUUUAUGAAGGGAUUUAUAGGGCAAUCAAAGGUAUUAAAGAUAUUUUCAAGAGAAAUAAGAGGUUGUAUAGGCCUUACACAACAAUCAUUAAAACUCGUUGGGAUAAUCAAUUGCAGAAGAAUAUACAUGCAGCAGCUUAUUAG